CAUAGCUGGCUCUCACAGAGUUUGAAGAAAAUGGUUAAAGUAUUUUUGGUAUUUAUAACCAUUACCAUACUCUGCCCCAACAAUUAUGUUGCUGGAUUGCACAUCUCCACCUGCAAAACCGAGUGGUUUGACCGCGAUAACCCAUCAGGACAGGGAGAUUACGAAGACCUUAACAAUCUACGAAAUGAAUUUCCCAACCACAUAUGCACUCAUCCAGUCGCCUGUGAGGUGGAAACAACAUCAGGGGUCCCAGCCUCACAGACUGGAGAGAACAUUCGUAGGUGCAACGUUUCUACUGGAUUCAUUUGUGUAAACAACGAGCAAAGUGAUGGGAGGUGUGAAGAUUACAGAAUACGAUUCACCUGCCCUCAAUCUUUUUGUGCUGUCACUACACCUCCUGUCUCCACCUGCAAAACUGAGUGGUUUGACCGCGAUAACCCAUCAGGACAGGGAGAUUACGAAGACCUUAACAAUCUACGAAAUGAAUUUCCCAACCGCAUAUGCACUCAUCCAGUCGCCUGUGAGGUGGAAACAACAUCAGGGGUCCCAACCUCACAGACUGGAGAGAACAUUCGUAGGUGCAACGUUUCUGAUGGAUUCUUUUGUGUAAACAACGAGCAAAGUGAUGGGAGGUGUGAAGAUUACAGAAUACGAUUCACCUGCCCUCAAUCUUUUUGUGCUGUCACUACACCUCCUGGUGCUGUCACUAUACCUCCUGGUGCUGUUACUGCACCUCCUGUCUCUACCUGCAAAACCAGGUGGUUUAACCAUGAUAACCCAUCAGGACAAGGAGAUUACGAAGAUCUCACCAAUCUACGAAAUCAAUUUCCUGACCACAUCUGCACUCAUCCAAUCGCCUGUGAGGUGGAGACAACAUCAGGGGUCCCAGCCUCACAGACUGGAGAGAACAUUCGUAGGUGCACCGUUUCUACUGGAUUCUUCUGUGUAAACAACGAGCAAAGUGAUGGGAGGUGUGAAGAUUACAGAAUACGAUUCACCUGCCCUCAAUCAUUUUGCAACUGCAAAACUCAGUGGUUUGACCGCGAUGAUCCAACAGGAAUUGGCGAUUAUGAAACUCUCAUGAAUCUCCGGAAUGAAAAUCCAGGCCUUAUCUGCUCGAAUCCAGUUCACUGUGAAGUGGAGACACUAUCAGGAAUUCCAGCCUCAAGCACUGGAGACAUUGUUUCUAACUGCAGCGUUAUUUCAGGAUUUGUUUGUGUCAACGCAGAGCAAACAGACGGAAGCUGUGAAGAUUAUAGAAUACAAUUCAUGUGCCCAGAAUCAUUCUGUAGCUGCAAGACCCAGUGGUUUGACUAUGAUGACCCAUCAGGAUUUGGGGAUUUUGAAGAUCUUGCAAAUCUCAGAAGACAUUAUCCUGAUAAGAUUUGCCGAUAUCCAACUGCCUGUGAAGUGGAAACAGUAUCAGGAAUUCCAGCCUCACUCUCUGGAGACAACAUCCUCAAAUGCAACAUUUCUACAGGAUUUAUUUGUGUGAAUUCAGACCAAAAAGAUGGGAGCUGUGAAGAUUACGGAAUCCGAUUUACCUGUCCUGAAUCUUUCUGUGACUGUAAAACUCAGUGGUUUGACAGAGAUGAUACAUCAGGAAAAGGGGACUUUGAAACUCUUGCAAAUCUCCAAAAUGAAUAUCCAGGUCAUAUUUGUCGUAAUCCAACUGCUUGUGAAGUGGAGACAAUAUCAGGAAUUCCAGCAUCAGAAACAGGAGAGAACAUUGCCCCGUGCAGCACAACCUUUGGAUUCACUUGCUUGAAUGAAAAUCAAAAUGAUGGGCUCUGCGAAGAUUAUAGAAUACGAUUUUCCUGUCCUAAAUCUUUUUGCAACUGUGUAACCCAGUGGUUUGAUCGUGAUGAUCCAUCAGGAAAAGGUGACUUUGAAAAUCUUGACAAUUUAAGAAAAGGCAUAUCCAGAUCAGAUCUGCUGUAACCCAAUUGCCUGUGAAGUACAAACUGUAUCAGGAAUUCCAGCCUCAAGCUCUGG